UUUUUUUACGUAGUAUAAUAUAAAAUUAUCAGUAUUUACGAAAAUAAAAUUAAUAUUUAUAUUGCGAUAUUUGGAUAAUUGCUCAAGUUAGUAAUCAUUCAUCAUGCCUUACAGACCGGAACUAAAAUCGACAAAACAGAGAGCAUUUUUGUUGCUGCUAAAACUCGCCUGGUUCUUAACUUGCGGUUGCUACUGCAUAAGUUGUGUCGAUGCAGCCACAGAAAUAUCGGGACGCGUUGUUGGUGGCACCGCUGCAGCGACGAACGCAGCUCCAUAUAUAGUUUCGCUACAGCAAAAUAGCGUACAUUACUGCGCUGGAAGUAUAUUGAAUGUAAAUUGGGUUGUGACUGCAGCGCAUUGCCUUACUUCCAAAUCACAAGUGCUUAGCAGCACCCUUGUGGCGGGCAGUAACAAUGUUGGCGGAACAGCCAGCACUACACAGAAGCGUGCCAUUAGUUCAUAUGUUAUAAAUGAUUUGUAUACCGGAGGCACUGCACCUUAUGAUAUAGGUUUGGUUUAUACUUCGACAGCAUUUACGUUUGGAUUUGCAGUUGCUGCUAUUUCGCUGCCAGCCAGUGGAUCUACACCUACUGGUAGUGCCAAUUUAUAUGGCUGGGGCAGUACUUCCACUACAUCGGUACCAUCAUAUCCAACGCAACUACAAGUAGCUGCCAAUAUACCCAUUAUAUCAUUGUCAUCUUGUGAAAGUGCUCUGGGUGCUAAAGGCACUGAUGUUCAUAGCACAAAUAUUUGCACUGGACCAUUAACCGGUGGUAUCGGUAUUUGUACCUCUGACUCAGGUGGACCACUUGUCCAGAACAACGUGCUGAUUGGUAUUGUUUCGUGGGGCAAGUUACCAUGCGGUCAAGCCAAUUCGCCGUCGGUUUAUGUAAAAGUGUCUUCAUUUGUAGCAUGGAUAUCACAAAACCAAGUGAUCGCUGGUUAAAUGGAACAGAAUUCUGUUUACAGAUUAAAAAUUAUAAGGUUUAAAAAUCAAUAAAAAUAUCAAGUUAAUUACUACAUUUUAUUAAAA